AUGCCUCUUGCCAUAGUUUGGUUUCCGAUACUGCUUGUUUCGGGCUAUUACGCAGCGCUCUUGACAUACCGACUGUUCUUCUCUCCGCUAAGUAAAAUACCAGGACCAUGGGUCACACGCAUAUCGAACGUGCUCGAAGCAAACGCCUUGAAAGACAAAAGGCGCGCGCAAUGGGCCACUGAACUGUUUGCGCUUUAUCCUGGCUCUGCGGCAGUACGGACUGGCCCCAACUCAGUAUCUUUCAACCACCCAGAGGCAGUCAAAGCGAUUUAUGGGCACGGGAAAGGUGCAGAGGAGUUUGGAAAAUCAAGCUGGUACGAUGCAUUCUCUACAACUGGAGAAUCCUUGUUUUCCACACGAUCUAAGAAGCGCCACGCAAUAAAGCGACGUAUGGUGGCACACAGCUUUAGCAUGCAGUCACUAUACCUAUUUGAGGAAUACGCAGACAUGAUGAUAGAACGUUUUCUCCGAAGAAUGGAUUCAUUCGCCAAGACGGCACAGCCAUUUGAUAUAUACUUUUGGUUCGAACUUUUCACAAUGGAUCUGAUGGGUGAACUUGCUUUUGGUCAAGGUUUUGGCACUUUGGACGCUGGUAAGCCGGCCAGAUACUCAAAGCUAGUUGAACUCUCGCAACGAUUUGCCAAUCUAAGCGGCAUGCUGCCAUUUGGAAAGUAUAAUGUGCAAGUUCUUAGCUGGGUACCUCUGCCAUAUGUUCAAACAUUAUGGCAAGCACGACUCGAGUAUCUCGAGUACGCAAGGAGGGCCCUGGAAAAGCGCUUCCAGGACAGCCGGAGGCAAACAACCUUGAGCGGAAAGCCACGGCAAGAUAUUAUGCAACGAUUCAUCGAGGCACAAGAUCCAGAGACCGGCGCACGAAUGGACUUCCCAGAACUUAGGGCUGAGGCUUCAUCCUUAAUGGUCGCUGGGGCUAGUACUGGAAGUGUCACCUUGAACUGGAUGACCUACUAUCUUUCCAAGAAUCCCUCCGUCAAACGCAACAUCAUCCAACAGCUUGAGGAGAUGUUUCCGGAUAACCUCGACGCUUCCGCCCCAAUUCCAUUCUCCAAGCUUAAUAAAUUGAGUCUGCUCGAAGCGACCGAGAUAGAAUGCCUGCGUAUGCAUCCACCCAUUGGCUACGCUAUGCCACGUAUGACCCCACCAGGCGGUGCCGUCAUCUGUGACGUCUACGUACCAGGCGGCGUGGAUGUUGGCGUGCCCGCUGCCACCAUCGGGCGGAAUGCCUCAGUCUACUCUGAACCAGACACAUGGAAGCCAGAGCGAUGGCUGGACGAGAAAGCGGAUCUGGCAAUGAUGAAGUUAUGCUUUCUUGGCUUCGGCUAUGGGAGCAGACAAUGCAUUGGACGGAAUGUCGCCAAUCAAUUUGUGAUGAAAAUGAUGGCCUCCCUGUUGCUAAGAUACGAGAUUCAGCUGGAAGACCCGACUUUGGUAUUGGGGACGAAGGAGUUCACAAUCCAGAAACCUGACAGGAAUUACAAUGUGAUCCUACAGCCGCGAAAAUCUAGUCGGACGUAA